CCCGUCAGUGUCGUGACAGCGGCAGAGAAGUGAGGACACGUUGUCGGUCUCUCGGUUGGACUCUUUUUGGAGGGUCGAGUGUUGUCACGAUUUAAGUCUUUUUUUUUCAUUCUAAAACCUUUUUGUUAUUUUUCUUAUUCUAAUAUUGCACUUCUCUGAGUCUGAACACUGCAACACGGAAAAACGGAAGCCACGUGAUAUGAAUUACGAAAGCAUCGAGAAAAAAGAGAGGAAAGGAUAGCGAGAAAAAGAACGACUCCUGAGUGGUUUUGCUUUCCAGAUUUUCUCAAUUUAUUUUUCUUCCCGAAGCGCAUAUUACGGCUGUUAGAAAAAGUUCGAGAGAGCCUUUCCCGUGAGGAUGCCUCGGCGCAGCGUGACGCGGACGCUGGCCCUCCUGACGCUGCUGUCCCUCGGAGGCCGCGGCGUGGAUUCGGCCAAGGAGGCGGAGGCCAAGGGGCUAGGAGCUGAUGCGACGGACGCCCUGGUGCAGGAGGACCCGGUGAUGGUGCUCCCGGCGGCAGCCAGGGCGGUGCAGUGGGUGGUGUCGCAGCGGCGAGCGGACUGGGGCUGGGGCUCCGACACCGCCCACACCGUGCUCGCCCUUAGACUCGCCAACGCCACCUGGUUCGCGCCGGAGAACCUCGAGGCGCAGCUGGUCAUGAAGCAGCUGCAGAUGGAGUUGGUGCUGCGCCUGUGGAAGCACAAGGAGCUCCCCCUCUCCGCUGGCCACCUCGCCGUCAACGUCAUGGCCCUGGUGGCUCUUUGCAAGGACCCGCGGGCCUUCUACUCCAAGGACCUCGUCGCCAUGGUAGAGCACCAGGAGGGCGAGGUGGACUUCGAGGUGGCGUUCGCGCAGCUCGCCACGUGCACGGCCGGCCACCACGUCAGGAAGUCCCGCAUCAGGAAGCUGCUGGACAUCAUCUCCGAUCAGAACAAGAUCCACUCAGUCGACACGUUGUCGGUGGUGAUCCUGGCCCUGCACUGCGCCCAGCACCAGCGUCGCCACGACCUCCGCCGCUUCAUCGACCAGGCGAUGGCAACGCUGCUGCACCAACAGGAGCCCGACGGAGCCUUCAACUCGAACCUGCACUCCACCGCCCUUGCCCUGCAGCCGAAGGUUGACAACUUCGACGCCCCCGACGGAGAGCCGCCGGUGCCCACCGAGAAUCCCGAUCAGCCCACGCCCACGCCCGCAGCGGAGAUCAUGGCCAACAUCACGUACAUCAUCUGGAAAGGAAACAACGCCACGGAGAACUUCAACCUGACCUUCAGCGUGCCUGUGAACACCUCCUUCCUCACAGUCAUGAAGAUGGCAGCCGAGCAGGACGAGCGCUUUGUGUUCUCGGCGUCCCACUGGGGCAACGGCUUCUACAUCCACACGUUGUCGGGGGCGAAGGAGCAGAAGCUGGGCUAUUGGUUCUGGCUGUUCUACCGCCUCCCGGAGCCCCCGGUCCCUGGCACCAAGCCGGACAACAAAUACGUCGUUGGCACAGGCGUUCAAGAAACUCUGGUGCGAGACAAAGACAUCUUCCUCUUCUGGUUCCACCAAAUCUAGUCGUCUCUGCCAGUCUCCUCCUCUUCCUUCUCCCUUCUCCUUCCUACACUACUCGCCCCCCCUCCCCCUCCCUACCCAUCACCCCCUUCCUCCGUCCCUCCGUCCCUCCCCUCUCCCUCCCGGACGCCCCAGAACCGCGCUGUGUUCCCUUCCUCCCUCUCUUCCUGCCUGAAGGAGGCGAAGGAGGAGGGGGAAAUCCUCACAAACCCAGCGGGACUCUCGGGGACUCUAGACACGCCGCCCUCAGGCCCCGCCCUCGCCGAAGAAGUCCUGGGAGAAGGAUCCUAUAAAAGUCCCUGGACAAGGGUUGAAGGGACAUUAUAGGGAAGGACUUGAAUGGGGUUUCGUGUGUUGGGGAAACACCCAUCUUGGCCGGUACGCACAACAGGACAGAUAUGAAACAUAAAAAGUGAGAUGCAUUCACUGAGUGAUCCAUGGUACGCACACACGGUCAUACAUACUUAUGUGAUCAAUUCAUACGGUUCGGGCAACAGGUCAUUCCUGAACAACACACGUUAUGUUAAUAAGGUAGACUACACACAAAUACACACACUCUCCUGAAAAAAAAAACACAUGAAAAAAUUCAAAAUAACACAAACACGCAGGAAAAAAAAUACACACACAUCACACCCCCUUAACACACACACUCCCCCGCGGAAGCACGCCCACGAACACGCAACCCCGCCCACGUGCCCCGCUCUCCCCUCAGGUCUUCGCGAGGAGCCCGACCGAGCGUGGCAUGUCCUCUCAUCUUCCAUAGGCCUAGUAUAUUUUGCUGAGGCUUCCUGCUGGUGUACAGAGCUUCAUGUUGCAGAAAGAUGAAGAUGACUGUGCUUGUGUACCCUGCCGCCGUGGCUCAAGUGCCUGCAGAGUGUGUGGUCGUUGUUAGAUAUGCGAGGAAUUUUCAUUCUUGUUAUAUUUUUCUCUCUUUUUUGUUGGAAAUGUGUGUGUGAGUGUGUGAAUGUAUGUGUGUGGUGUGUGUG